AUGAGGAAAGGGCCCCUAUCAGACUCGGUGUCUCCAGAGCCAAACCCGAAGCCGCCGUUACGAGGCGGGAGCACCGGGGAGAGGCUGGACAAACACAUUGAGGACAAGAAAUCGCUUUCAAUUAGAGCCGUGAACGUUGUUGAUCAACAACCUGACCUGUCCUGGUCCCAGAAACUUGGCCGGUCUUUUGUCUGGGAGGAACUGCGAAGACUGGCUGGGAGAAAAGGGACCAUUCCAAGAUGGCCACGACAGCCGGAAGCCCAGUGGCAGCUCCGGAUGAAGUUUCUCGAGCGAGCCAAGAGUUACAUCGGCGUGCCCUAUGCCAAGAAGUACCAUCUGCCUGGCACUCCAGAGUCUGAAUCUCUGCUCUUCCUGGAUUGUUGUGGCCUUAUCCGGAGAGUGGUACAGGACUUAAUGGAAGACUUUGGCUUCUAUAUCGGUCCGGGAAACCAAGCAUACCAAUAUGACACCCUUCCCAUUACACUCCCCAGCGAGGAACACCUGAAGCCCGGGGACCUCGUCUUCAUUUCAGGAACUUACUUUGAUCCACAACGGACGCGGCAAGCCCAUGACAUCGUCCACGUGGAAAUCUGGCUGGGAGAAGAAGAACGCAGCCUCGGAGCCAGGUGGAAAACGGGCAAAGUGCAGAUCUUCGAUUCCUACCAGUUUGUCUCAAAGACCUAUGGGGACAUAAAGUACCACUUCAAGUCGAUUGAAACGUGGCUGCAAGGAACCUGUGUCAGAUCGUCUCCGGGGGCUUGA